CCUUAUUUACCAAGCCAGAGGGAGGGACCUAGCUGCUGAACGACAGAAAGAAAGAGAGAGAGAGAGAGAGAGAGAGAGAGAGAGAGGGAGGGAGAGGCAAAGUUAAGGCAGGACUUUAGAAGAGGAGAGAGAGGAAGAGAAGAUCUAAUGGAGGUAGGACUUUGAGGAAAGUGGGGAAAGAAGAGUGAAGAUUGACUCAGGAAUCGGCAAUCGGGGCUCAGGAUUCGAUGCUCUUGGAGGAGGUGCGUUAAGGAAUUGAGCCAAACAGGCUUGGGUUUCACUUCGGUCAGAACACUCGUACUAGGAGAGAGAGAGAGAGAGAGAGAAAGAAAGAAAGAAAGAAACAGAGGAGGAGAUAAAAUAGCAGGACUGUGCUUCACCCUCCCUGCUACAGGCCUCGUGACCGGGGGGUCUGUGGGGCAGGCAGGACUGGAGGGUGCAGGACUGGAGUAAGAGCAUGGGCCAGGGAGCUAGCACUGUGACCCAUACUCAGCAUUCUACCUCCAGUACAGAAGAUGAAGUCGAUAACCAGCAUCACGGCACUACAGGGAGUGACGGGGCCAAUUCGAGUGGGGACACGCCUCCAUCCAAACGUAAGAACAAGCUGUCCAAUUUUGGCAAGAUCUUCAAGCCCUGGAAAUGGAGGAAGAAGAAACCCACCAGCGAGAAGUUUAAGCAGACAUCAGAAGUGCUGGAGAGGAAGAUCUCGAUGAGGAGACCCAGAGAAGAACUGAUAGAGAAAGGAGUGCUCAAGGAAAUCUCAGAGAAUGAGAGUAAUGACAUAAAAGCUCCAUCAGUGAAAAAUGGCCACACAGCACCUAUAUCAGGGGACCGGGGGCCAGACACAGGAUCAGAGGUCAGGGGCCCCACGCGGCGGCCGCAGCCUGAUGACAGAAAGAGCGCCCUGGCACCAGAGGCUGAUCGCAGGAGCCGGGCGCCAUCUGACGUGACGCGUAACCGCCAACCUCUGGACGUGGACGCGCGCACUCGCAUGCCCUCGGACUCAGACCGCCGCAGCCGGCUCGAGUCAGAUAACGUGAAACGAACGUCCUCUUUACUGAGAGAGAGACAGGGACAGGACGACGGCAGGUACCGUGAACGAGGAACGAGGGAUGUAAGAGGGGAUCGGAGAGACGAGAGAGACAAGAGAGACAGGAGGGAUGAAAGAAUGGAACGUGAGGACAAGGAAAGGAGAGACAAAGAGGAGUGGGAGAGGCGAGACGGACGAGGGGAUCGGGAUGAACGGAGAGACGACAGAGACCGGAAAGAGGACAGGGAUCGAAAAGACAGAAGAGAUGAUCCACCACCACCGCGGCGAGACGAUCGAGACAGGAGGCCGGAGAGCGAAUGGAGGGAAGACAGGGAAAGACGAGAGGAGAAAGAGAAGAGAGAGGAGCGAGAAAGACGAGAGGAGAAGGAUAGGUGGGACGAGCGAGAAAGGAGAGACAGAGAGGAGCGACUGAAGAGAGAGGAGAGGGAAAUUAAAGAAGAGAGAGAGCGGAGAGAAGCCAGAAGGCCGGAGCCGGUGAAGCAGGUUUCAGAUGGGAGGAUAGUCAGGCCUCACUCAGAGGUAGACCGCAGGAGCACACUGCCGCGAUGCUCACCUUCUGAGGAAGACCCAAGGGCACGAACAGGGUCGGUUGGUGUGCGCUUCCCUCCCAUCCCUGAGCCCAACCCGGCGUACGUCCCCCUCAAAGAGCCACAGCCUCCCGCUAAACAAGCCAUCCUCCCUCCAAAAUGGCUGAUGGCCUCCGAGCCCGGCCCUGCCUCGUCUUCAUCGUGCUCUUCAUCGGCGUCGUCCGCCUCAUCCACAUCAUCUUCAUCCUCUGCCCCCCCAAUCGCUAAACCCCCUCCCCGGACUGUGUCGCUUAUUGUAGAUGACUCAUCUCGUCAGAGCCCAGUUCCCCCAGUGAAGCCAGGAGGCCAGGAUGUUCCUCCGGCUGUCCCUAGUCAUGCUGUACCUCCUGCUCCCCCUGCUGUUGCUGCUCCCCCUGCUGUCCAUCCUACCCCUGCUGUCCCUGUUGUUGCCCCUGUUGUUGCCCCUGUCAUUGCUCCUGCUGCCCCUGCUGCCUCUACUGCCUCAACUGCUCCAGCUGCCCCUGUUGUAGCUCCUAAGCAGCCCCCUGUGCCCCCUCCUAAACCCACCAACCGCAACAGUAACCCCUCACUGCAAGCUGCAACGUUACAUAGACAUUCUAAAGCUCAUCCUCCUCCAUACUGGACCAGCUGGAGACAGCAGGCAGAACACAGCAUAUACCUCUCUCUACCCAGCUACCUGUGCCGCCGGGGCCAACCGCCCUGCCCAGCGGAUGCACCCCCAGCUCCCGGCCUCCAAAACGCGUCAGCAGCCAAGCGCUCUCCUCCCAUUCCGCCAAAGAGGACAACACCCGUCAACAAACGGCACUCAGAAGACCUCUCGACCACUCAGCCUGAGCCACCUGCAAGAGGCUCCUCCCCUGCUCCUCUCCCUGUCCAAUCAGAAGACAGCAAGAACCCUGGCCCUGCACCUGGAAUCGGAAUCGCCUCUCCUCCACCUGCACAUAUCCCUCCGUCCCCUCCUCGGGGUAACCCCCAGCCUCCUACCCCCAUCGUAGACCCCCCGAGCCCCACUACAGAGCCACCCUCCCAUCCCCCGGCUGUUCCCCUGCACAUCCUGAUCCAGCGGGCUCUCACCAGCCCUGGCCUAACGCACCAGAACCCUGAGGGCUCUCACCGAGCUCACUCUCUGCUGUUCGAGACUCCGCCCCCGGAGGUGAUGAUUGAGAAAGGUGGACGACACUCGCUCCCGGUCACCAUCGAGCCUCUCAGAUUGCCUGAGGAUGAUGAUUUUGACAUGGAGGAAGAGUUGGCCAAGCUGCGGCCGGCCCCUCGGCCUACCCUUCCGCAAGAGAUGGAGCCCCGGAGUAGGCGGGGCAUAGUGGAGAACCCCAGCGUUACGGUCAUCCACGAGGACUCCAGAGCUGGAGACAGUGAUGAGGACGAGGAUGAGAGCGACUCAGAUGGAUCCGUCCAGUACAGAGAUGACCCUGAUGAAGAUGAGGAGGAUGAUGUACCCUUAAGUGGUCUGGCUAAUCGUGUGAAGAGAAAGGACACUCUUGCUCUGAAGCUGGAAAAACAACAAGAGAAGGAAGAGCAGAGGGAUCAGGAGAGCAACGUCUGGAAAAGCCGUGAGCAGUGGGAAGCUGUGCGCAACAAGAUUGGCACCACCCUUACACGGCGCUUGAGUCAGAGACCUACGCAACAAGAACUGGAGCAAAGAAACAUUCUGCAAGCCAAGAACGAGGCCGACCGACGGGCAGAGCGAAGCGAGAUCAAACGCAGACUCACAAGAAAGUUGUCCCAGAGGCCCACAGUGGCUGAGCUCCAAGCCAGGAAGAUCCUUCGCUUCCACGAGUAUGUGGAGAGCACACACGCAGAGGACUAUGAUCGGCGUGCCGACAAACCCUGGACCAAACUCACCCCCGCUGAUAAGGCUGCCAUCAGAAAGGAGCUGAACGAGUUUAAGAGUUCAGAGAUGGAGGUCCAUGAGGACAGCAGGGUGUACACUAGGUUUCACCGACCUUGAUGAACACCACUGACGAGAGAAGAGCUUAGCCUGGCUGUGAGCGUAUGGAGUUGAUCCAGCAUCUCUUACAGAAUCACAUCACAACUCUGCUGACGACUUCACUGGAUCCCCGCCAACUCUACAAUACGACGGCAUGCCGAGGAACCAGACAAGCUGUUCAGGAUGCAGAUUGUACCUUAUCUUUUUUUUUUUUUUUUUUUUUUAGGAUCGGUGUAGAGUGCCAAUCCACUGGGAACAACACUUCUAAGGGUUUAAUUUUUUUUUUGCUAAAGAAUAACUCAACCAAACAUGCUAGAGUUGCUCAUUAUGAACAGAACAGCUAUUACUAAACGGUUGACACCAGCUAAUUCAGUGGUUUCCUUCACUGUUAGCUACUUUAACAUUUUGGACCGAACUUUUCUACACCUAAACUGAAUUUACACUGUGUGGAUUUUUUAAACAGCACAGCACUGGGAGACGGGCUGCAAGGAAAGCUGAGAUUUCAACUGACUUCGUGGUGCAUGCAGCCUCUCGUCCCACCGAGCUGACUAACACAGAAAUGGCCUUUCGUCUUGUUUUUAGAUUAUGCGAAAACUGCAAAAACGGUGUCUGUUUUUAAGAUUUUGACAUCAGGAAUACAAUUUUUUGCGUGCAAAAGUAAUUGCUUUUAUGGUAAUGACACACUGAUCUUUGAACUGAGAACAAAAUGUGAGUGUGGCGUAAGUGUGGCAUCAGUGCAGGACCGCGUGAGACUGUGUGAGUGAGUGAAUGUGUGAGAGAUGAACAUAUGCUGUACACCUCUGCCUUAAUAAUAAUGUUGACAAAAAUACUGCAGAAUUGCUCUUUUGCUCUUUCAGGGGCCGUAAUGGAAAAAGGUUGAUGAGUCUGGAAGUGCUAAGAGUGUGUAGUAGUGAGCUACAGUAAAUAGCUUUCACCACUGAUGUGUGUAAUGGAAACUGCAUCAAUAUCAAACUCAGGAUUUCUCUGUGGUACUACACAAGGUUUGUCUCUAUAUGUGCAUUGUACUGUUAUUUUCCUAUGUUUUUUAUGUACCCUGCAGAUAAUGAUGUCCGGGCAAGUGAAUAUAUAUGCAUUAUUUUUUUAUAAGAAUUUGGUACAAAUGUUUUAAGGUGUUUUAUAUGGCUUUGCUUAUUUUAAAGACAGAUAAAAUCUACUGAAACAUGCAGAAUAUAUUGACAAUUUGUAGAUAACAAGCAAUUGUAUCGGCAGAUCAUUUUGCUUGUUUCAUGCAUUAUCUUAUGCACUCUUUAGUGGAUUAUGGUAAUUUCACAAAUGCAUAUGGUAUCAUUUAGGGAUGCACUGGAGUAAACAUUUUUUUACAUAAACUGAAAGCAAACAAUUAGGCAAUCUACUAAAUACCAUUUAUUUUAUUUUUGCUAUUUUUUUCAGCCUUUUGUAAAUUUUUAUCAAAAUUAUGGUUUAAAAUUAUAUUUAAAGCUCCACUAGGUAGGAUUGAGUUUUUGUGCUCGUGGGCUCCCCCUACAGUUGCAGAGUGUAAUAAAUGUUUCAUUAGAACUAAAGGUCGGAAAGCAGGUCGCAGUUCUCGUGAGCGUUGGUCGCAGCCGCCUUGGAAAACUUACAGAGUCUGGUUUGAGCUCAGAGGAGCUCCGGCACAGACACGAGAGCACCGCUAUUCCUCCUAUUACACCUUAAUGCAGCGCUGCUGUGAGUUUUAAGCUUUAAUUUUACUUUUUUAAAAAGAUCAAAAACCAAGGAAAUCCUACCUAGUGCUGCUUUAACACCUUUACAUUAUAUCACAUAAAUAUUUAGCGGAUUCUUUUAUUCAAAGCGACUUACAAAUAAUGGUAUACAUUAGAAAUAGAGGACAAAUCAAGACAAAUCUUUUUUUUUUUUUAUAAAGCUAGGCGACGUUCACUAGAGGAGCGCAGCGGGCGGGAGGUAGCGUAAGCCUUCAGGAGUGAUCAGUGCAGGUAGGAAGGAGCCUGAUCUGUCACUAGCUUGUAGGCGAUUGUAGAAGGAGAGCUGGUCCAUAAAACCAAUACACAGUGCGUUCGCAUCCUGUUCAUGUAACUUGCCAUAAGCUACCGGAGCCCUGAGAGAGCACAGUUGGCCUUGCUCUUUCUGGGUGGGUAGAUGGCGCUCUCUCUCCCCACAUCACUUCAAAGGGUGAUGUAGAUCAGUACAAGACGUCUGUGAGCUGAUGUAUCGGAACCGAGACACUAUGCUUUCCUUCGAGCAUUCUGUGAUUGAAAAGUUCAAAAAGAGGUGGUGGCUGACUUUUAUCACAUUUAUCGGAGCAUGUGUUAGUCUUCACCCUCCUGGUGUGCUGGGGCAUUACUAGUGAUAGGGGGAGUCCUAAUGAGUUGUUGGGUAAUUGGCCUUGUAAAUUGGGGGGGAAAUGGGGUACAAAAAAAAGCUUCCCCACAGUUGAUAUAUUUGAUACAUUUGGAGUGGUUUACUCCAUGCAUUAAAAGUUUUCGCUAGAAAUUAUUCCUUCUUUUUUUUAAUUAUUUCGGUUGCCAAAUAUUUGGUGCAUCCCUAAUGUCAUUAUUUAAAAUGAGUGAAAAUGUCCAGAAAUGUAUAAUUUGGAUACAUUCAGUGGGUUUUUAAUGAUUUCACUUGCCAAGAUAGCAUUUUUGCAGUGUACUGUUAGUAUACCACUGUUAUACAAGUGUGCUUUAUUCCUAUUUUCGGUACACCAGCAAUGUGGCACUUCUGUUUUUUGUAGCUUAAAUGCUUCUGAUCUUUACUCUACACUGAACUGUAAAUAUUGACAUAGGUGAUGUUACAAACCUGACUAUCAUUUUUUGACCUAAAACACAAUAAGGCACACUUACUUUUUGAAUAAUUGGAUCGGUACUCUUUUUUUGGUUUUCGCUCAUAUUGAUACACUGAUACACUGUUUUAGAGGCUCUUAGGAGACCUCUUGUAUAAUAGGUGUACACUGUAGAUUCAUUUAAUUGUAUAUCUUGUCUUCCUAAUGUUCAAAAUAUAUAUUUUAAUUGUAAUUAUAGUAUUACUCAGAGCUGUUUUUUUUUAAGCAUACAUGUACCAGUAUGAGAACAGUGUACGUAGUGCGGAAAAUAAGGCACUGGAAAAAUGUUUUAUUCUACUGAUGUAUAGUUAUUUUUUUAUGUAAAAUGAAAAGAAAGAAAUCACGUAACAAAUGAACAGUCCCUUGAUGAUUUAAUUAAAACUCUCAAUUUAAAACCAAAAAAUGUUUUAUUGAACUGAUUAUAGAGAGCUUGUUAUGUGUGGCAUGUGGUGGCAUAAUUUAACAUUAAAAAAGUAUUUUUGCAAUAUGAA